UAAAAAAAAAAAACACCUUCCCAUUCGAACCAAAGAUCAAUCACGAUUUAAAAAAAACGUAUCAAGUACUAGCAUCGAACAGCAGUAAACUAUAACCAAAAGACACACACACACACCAUUAGACCUUUAAACCAUUAGACUAUUAGACCUCUAGAUCACUAUGGAUGAAACCGAACUGAUUAAUCUGAAGAACGAGGUAGCAACCAUCGAGUCUGCGCUGCAAGCUGAUCCUCAAAAUGAAGAACUCUUGAACCUCAGGACUGAACUUCUCGAACUAGUUUCUCUUACAGAGAAUAUGCUAUCACAGCAAAGGCAGCAACAGGCGCAUGUAGCAGCAUCAACAACAGCAGCGGCGGUGGCAACGACACUAGCUACUACAGCAAUAGGAAUAACGGCAGCAGGUUCACCGUCGUUAUCCAGUCCGUCCAUCACUUCAUCUCCUGUUUCAGCGCACGGUUCUGGUUUUUCAACUCCUAACAAAGCUUCGCCAUCAAUAGCAAGUACAGACAAGACAAUCUCAGGAGCACGAUCUCAAUUAGAUCCAUCAAAGCAACCCGUCUUUCAACCUUCUCCUCCUCCACGAAAUUGGGCUGUAGGUGAUCGCUGUCGAGCUCUCUAUCCUGCUGAUGGGAAAUUUUAUGAGGCUACGAUCUUGACAAUUGGAGGAUCAGGACAGGUCUUCUCGGUUCAAUAUAAAGGUUAUGAAUCUAGUCCCCCUACUACCGUCGGACCAGAGGACCUGAAGCCACCUGUUGAUAAAAGCAAAUAUCAGCAAAAGCAUCAUAAACAUAAUCAUCAUGGAGCAGCUGCUGAUGAGUCUUCAAAGAAACGUGGGGCAGAAUCACCAGGAGCAGGGGCAGCAGCAGCAGUCGGACAAAAUAAUGCUAAAAAACCAAAGACAGUCAAUGAGCAGGUUCAGAAACAGAUGGCAUGGCAGAAUUUUGCGAAAGGAGGCGCAAAGAAAGGAGGCGCAAAGGCUGCACCUGUUCUUAAGAAGAGUAUUUUUGCGACACCAGACAAUCCUGAAGGCAAAGUUGGCGUUGUUGGAAGUGGAAAGGGCAUGACACAGUUCCAACAGCGUGGAAAGCACAUCUAUGGCAAUAGUCAGCAGCGACAGCAGCAAUAGCAUCUCUUUUAAUAUUCUUGAAUAGAGAGGGGAGAGAGAGAAAAAAAAAAGUGACGAGAAGGCAAAUCAAGAACAGCAAGCAAGCAUUAGCACAAACAGAGGCAGCAAACAGCAACAAAGCAACGAAAGCGCUUUUUCCUUAUAUCCUUUAGGCGAUUCCUAAAUUAAAGGAUGUCAACUCUUUCUUUCUUUUUUUUUUUAUACCAUUUUCUGCCUGCAAUGCCCUUUUGUCUUUUUUAUUGCUCCGGU